AUGUCGUACAAAAUUGAAACAGAUAAUAAAAUAGAUCAUCAGUGUCUUGUUAAUGUAAAACGUCGUCGUAGUACUUGUUCAACAGUUAAAUAUAUUUCACGAGCUCAACAAAAAUCUCUUUGUACAAAACAUGUACAAUCUUGUAACCCAACAAUGAAUAAUAAUCAAUUAAUAAAGAAUGAAAUUUGUCAUGAAAAUUUACAACAUACUAAACGUUCUUAUAUACGAAAACAAUCUUACAUAAAACGUGAAUCAAUAUCAUCUGAACCAGAGCUUUCAGUAGCUUGUUUAAAUAUGGAAAACAUUCAAGCUAAAUUAAAAAAUGAAAUAUAUUCUCCUGAUGUACAAUUAACGGACGAAAUCAAUGAUGAUACAAAAUCCGAAAGUUCAAUUGAAUAUGAUUAUAUAUAUCCAUUAUCAAUACCAACUACAAAUCCUCUUCAAUAUCGGCAUGUUUCAAUAGCAACGAUUUAUCUGCAAGAUACACAAUGGCAUCAGCUUGAGUUAUUUAUAAAACACUUUUCUUCAUAUGCUUCACUUUCGAACAAUAUGAAUAUUAAUUCUUCAACAACACAUUUACUUAUUGAUGAUUCUUCAACGCCUCUUCAAUGUAUUUUUUCUAAAAAAAUCUUUCAAGCUGUUGCUCGACAUAUUUUUAUUGUUUCGAUACGAUGGAUUGAAGAAUGUUUACUACGUAAUGAAAUUGUUAAUGAAAAUCCGUAUGAAAUUCAUGGUGAUUCAACUAUGUCAACAAUGCAUUUAGCUCGUCAUUCAUCUGCAAAAUCUUUAUUUCCAUCAUCUGUAUCAUUUGUAAUUGAUUGUAUAUCAUUUCAACGAAUAUUAACACGAAAUGAAUUAGCUGAAUUACUUAUUUUAAGUGGUGCAACAUUAUUUAAUCUUGAAGAAAAAUUAUCAACAAAAAUUCUUCUUGUACUUGUUGAUCCAAGAGCUAAUCGUAUUGAAUUAGAAAAUAAAUAUAAACAAUGGCAUAAAAAUAUUAAAUAUCUUACACCAGGAUUUUUACUUAAAUCAAUUAUCUAUCAAAAACAGCAACCAUUCGAAGAUUUUGAACUUUAG